AUGAUAUCCGAAGAAACGACCCGCUCCCUGCAUAUGAUUGAGGGUCCAAUUGGACUUCUUUUAAACCUGCUGGCCCUCUACCUGAUCGCAAAAAAAUCGAAGAAUAUGGGAGGAAAAUAUCCUCAUCUCCUGUUCGCUUUCUGCAGCUGUAAUUUGACGCUGAUCGUUAUUGAUAUGCUGACAUUACCAGCGAAUCUCGUUUCCGGUCAAACUUACUUGCUUUUUGCGCACCGAACCGUACUUGGGGAUCGCCAGCUGACGUAUUGGCUUCUUUUGGCCUAUUGCUGCGCUUUCGCCCAGACCCUCGUGCUUUUAAUGUUCCAGUUUAUGUAUCGCUACUCCAUUGUCGAUAGUACCCUCUGGACACUGGACGUGCACAUUUUUAACAAUGCCGUCACCGCGGAUCCUGCGCCAUCCCAAAACCCGCACUACAUCCGCACCUACCUGGUGACGAUCUUUUUGGUGGUAAUCUUGGGAUGCACUUGGAAUAUCAUCAUCCUGGCCGGAUACAAAAUCUAUCGACUCCUCUCCGAAAAUGUAAUGGCAAGCAAAACGACAAAGCGGCUGCAGAAGGAGCUAUUUCAUGCUCUGGUAAUUCAGCUCCUGAUCCCACUCUUCUGCAGCUACAUCCCAAGGGCCAUCAUUGGCUGGUUCCGGAAAACGAAGGAAGAACCGGUGGCCACGAUUUCGAAUACCUCCCAGUCCGGCCCGAUCUCUACGACGAAGCGCCAUCCGAAAAUGAAUGAAACAAAUCCGUUAACAAAU